CCGAGGCGGUGGGACUCCUCCUUGGCGGUGGGUGCGGCGAGGGUGCCCGCCCGUCGAGAGCCCCGAGUGAAGUCGCCCGGCGGAGCGCGGGACCUCGGCGACGCAGGGUGGAAGACACUUGGAAUACAUCCAGAGCACCUUGAAGAUAAGUUGGAGAGCUUCUGUCCUUAAUUCUAAGAUCCCAAGCGCUGUUUUGUUGAAAAAGAAGUAAAAAAUUACCUUCUUUAAAGAAACAGAACACUGCAGCCAAACUGCCAUGAUGCCUAACUAAAAUAGAAAGUGGAGCAUGGAUCAUGGACUUCCACAUGAUCUCUGACAGCAGCACGUGCCUGGACUUCAUCAUGGUCUGCAGUAGCGGUACAGACCAUGGACAUCAACAUGGCCCUUGUUGUAGCAUUGGCCAUGGACACCAUCAUAAUCCUUGGCAGCAACACAGGGCAAAGACAUCAACGUGACUUCAGGUUUUGCUUGGGCACAAACCUAUAUGUAUGAAGAAUAUUGAAAAGGGAAUUUUUCUUUUUCAAACAGUUGAAAUUGUAACAUUGAAAUUGUUCAUUUAAUAAUUGUUGAUAUCAACAUUAGAAGUUUUCUAGUUAUUAGAAAUUGAAAGUAAUGGCCGCAGAAUUUAUAAAGAGUUGUUGUAGAGGAUGUUUCUAUGGUGAAACAGAAAAGCACAACUUUUCUGUGGAAAGAGACUUUAAAGCAUCAACCUCAAAUAGCCAAAACGCCAUCAGCAUACCUCCAUUGACUUCUGUUUUAGUAAAGCCCCAAGUUGGCUGUAAUGAGGAUUAUUUGCUUUCCAAAUUACCAUGUGAUGGUAAAGAAGUACAAUUUGUGGUGCCCAGGUUUAAAUUAUCUUAUAUUCAGCCUAGGACACAAGGAACUCCUUCACAUCUGGGUGAACUGGAAGGAUCUGCCAGAGCAUCUUUUGGAGAUCAAAAGACAGAACUUUGUAGUUCAUUCUACCUUGGACCCAGCUAUGAUGUGUAUAAUCCAUGCUAUAUGUAUCAACACUUUUCACCUGAUUUAAGUAGGCGCUUUCUUCCUCAUUGUGAAACAAAAAAGUUAUAUGGAUCUGUUUGUGAUUUAAGAACCAGUCAACUUCCUGGUUCCCCUGGGCUAAGCAAAUCUAUGCUUGAUCUUACAACUUCAUCUCAGAGAUUCAUCCAGAGGCGUGAUUCAUUUUCCAGUGUGCCGAGUAGUAGUAGUUCUUCAAGAAAAAAUUCUCAGGGCAGUAACAGAAGUCUGGAUACAAUUACCCUAUCAGGAGAUGAAAGAGACUUGGGGAGAUUGAAUGUGAAAUUGUUUUAUAAUUCUUCAGCAGAACAGAUCUGGAUCACAGUUUUGCAGUGCAGAGAUAUAAGUUGGCCCUCUAGUUGUGGAGAUACUCCCACAAUUUCUAUAAAAGGAAUUUUAACAUUGUCCAAACCAGUACAUUUCAAAUCUUCAGCCAAAGAAGGUUCCAAUGUUAUCGAAUUUAUGGAAACGUUUGUAUUUGCUAUUAAACUUCAAAAUCUACAAGCUGUGAGACUUGCAUUUAAGAUUCAAACCCAGGCUCCCAAAAAGAAAACCAUUGGAGAAUGUUCUCUUUCACUCAGAACUCUCAGUACCCAGGAAAUGGAUUACUCGUUGGAAAUAAUACCACCUUCAAAAAUUUCUGCUUGCCAAGCAGAACUUGAACUGGGGACUUGUUUUCAAGCAGUAAAUAGCAGGAUUCAGCUGCAAAUUCUCCAAGCACAAUACCUUCCAAGUUCAUCAACACCUCUGGCUUUGAGUUUUUUUGUGAAGGUAGGGAUGUUUAGCUCAGGAGAGCUGAUUUAUAAGAAGAAGACACGCUUACUGAAGGCCUCCAGUGGAAGAGUAAAAUGGGAAGAAACUAUGAUUUUUCCACUUAUACAGACUGAAAAAGAAAUUGUUUUCCUUAUUAAGCUUUACAGUCGGAGCUCUGUAAGAAGAAAACAUUUUGUAGGCCAGCUCUGGAUAAGUGAAGACAGUAAUAAUAUUGAUGCAGUGAAUCAAUGGAAAGAGACAAUUACAAAUCCGGAAAAGGUUGUUAUCAAGUGGCACAAGUUAAAUCCAUUUUGAAGACUUCCGGCAUUAAUUUAGUCAAUUAAACUGUCAAGAGACAGGUUGACAUUGUUUUAGAAGAAACAUAAUUUCUAAAACUUAUAAUGAGUUCUAUCAGGUAAACAAAGUGAAUAAAAUGUUUUAAAUUGUUGCCAAAAUAUAAUAAAAUAAAAGGGUAGUAGUAUUAGUCCAACCUAAUGGGUUAUCAAAUCUAUAAAAAUAUCAAUCCUAGAUAGCUAUCUUUUUAAGCACUAUUAGACAUUUACAAGAUGCUACCACUUUUCCAGUGAUAGACAUGAUUAAUUAGAUCUUGGUUAUACCUUUAUAUCUUUAUAUGUGUUUUUCUCACAGCAAAAAUGGAUAGAGCCAUUUCAUUAAUUUUUUCCUGCAUUUGAAGAAAAUUGGUACCUUCUACUUGAAAUUUAUUUAUCUAUAAAUUAUUGCAUGGCCAUUUAUAAGCUGCUUAUUUCCUGUAGAAUUGGAGAAUUAUUUACAUUUUUCAAAAAAUAAAUAAAGCUUGGAGCUAGCAGGAUUCCUUGCUGGGAAAGGAGCUUGUUCCCAGACUGAUAAAAUUUGAGUUCCAUCCCUGUAAUGCAACAUGGUGGAAGGAGAGAACCAAUUCCUUAAUAUCACAUGUAUACCAUAAACACACACACACACACACACA